AUGUCUCGGGUCGGUGUGUUUGGCCAGAUUUCCGAGAUCACCAACGAUCUCUUCUUGUCCGGAGCUGGGUGUUUGAAACCGGAAAAAAUCAAACAAAAACGGAUAUGUUUCAUAGUUAAUGCGACCACAGAAGAACCGAACGCAUAUAUUCAAGGAGUUGAAUAUAUGAAAGUUCGGAUAGAUGACCAUCCAUAUGCACGUAUUCAAGACUAUUUCGAUCAAGUGGCCGACAAGAUCAAGGCUGUCAAGGAUCGCGGCGGAAAAACCCUGGUCCAUUGCAUGGCUGGUGUAUCACGUUCUGCCUCUCUGGUGAUGAUCUACCUCGUAAAAUAUGAACGAAUGACACUUCGACAAGCCUAUCACUAUGUAAAAUCUUGCCGACCCAUUAUCCGCCCGAAUGUUGGUUUUUGGAAGCAGAUGGUGGAUUAUGAGAAGCGCUUUCGAGGAUCUGCCUCGGUGACGAUGGUAAUGACAAAUCAGUGUGAUUUACCGAUCCCGGACAUCUAUGUUGAUGAUCUCAAACGAGCACAAGAUCGAGAACAACAACAGCAACAACAGAAAGUCUCAAGCGGUACCCUCAUCAGACAACCGAUUGCAUUGUCGUUAACGAAAAGGCGAGGAUACUCUGCUAGUAAUCUCCGGCCAAUCACUUCCACACUACGACGCUCCACAUCACCGGCAGUUUCAUCAAGCAGUGUGCAGUAUUCACUGCUUACACCGACACCGUCACGAAAACCUCGUGACAGUUUGUUCAGCCUUUACACAUCCACAUCACGGCCUUUCUUCUCGGCUUUCUGA